UUUUUUUUUUUUUUUGUCUGUGAGCCUCACCUGCGUGGUGUCUGGUUUCACAUGAAGCUCCGGGUGGGAGGGUUUUUACGCAGAGCGCACGGUCAUUACGCAGCGCCGCUUGGUUCCCUGAGCUCCUGUGUCCUUCUGUACACUCAGCCGGAUUGCUGUCUCUCUGAAACUGUCUCCGUCAUGGAUGCGGACGCACUUUUUCCCAGUUUGAAGGAUUUGGAGACGAAGUUGGGUCGUAAAGUGCCUGAGAGUCUGAUUCGGUCUCUUCAGCACGAGCAGAAACCAGCAGCGCCACAUUUAAGCAGCUGUAAAUUUUGUGCGAGUUCUGCGGAUUUGAAAAGGCUGGAGAGCAAAAUGCAGUUUCUGAAACAAGAAAUGGCACAUCUACGAGCCAUUGAUGUGAAGUUGAUGCAGCAGCUGAUAUCCAUCAACGAAGGCAUAGAGUCCAUCCGUUGGGUAAUAGAAGACAAAGGAGGAGUGGCCAGUCAAGAAGGCAGCCUGACGAGCAGCUUGUACAGCCUAUCAGACAGCCAGGAUGGUGCGUCGUUGCGAGGCAGCUUCAACAGCUUGAAUGACGGGAACAGUGACGGGCUCGACGGUCUGUCUGUUGGUAGUUACUUGGAUACGCUAGCAGAAGACCAGUCAGGUGACCUUUCGCCAACGGAUCUCAACUUUUUUGUGGAGAAAACGGCGAUCAAUGACGACUCUUUCAGCAAAUCGCCUUUGAAACUCAGGGUGGAAUCGGAUGAAUACUACUGCUUUGGAUAAUGAUACCCAAAACACGAACACGACAGCUUUCCAUCACCAGAACAUUCAAACAGCAAAACACAUCCUGCUUUGCAUCACUGCAACUGCUUCAGGAAACUAUGGAGUUGUUAAAGCGUAGAAAUGUUCCUUUCACUUCACAUUUCCCCCACAUUUCCUUGUUUUCUGGCAUCAUAUAGAUGGCACACUGUUUGUAAAAAAUGAAAAAGUUAAUCUGUUCAUAAGGCCAGUUUUUUCUGUGGUUAAACUUAGAACUUGGCAAUGUGCUGUGGCUUUAAGGGCAAAUUCUUAUUGUUAAGACAAAGUUCACUUUGGUUUAAAAUGAGUGGUGCUGAUGUAACUUGUGCACAGUUACCAUUUGAAAACAAAAACAAUAUUCCGAUGUUAGACGUUAUCUCAACGUAGCACAUCUGACAGAUGACAGGCUCUAAUUAAAUAUUAUGGCAAUGUAAAGUUAAUAGCAUCAUGGUUAAUGCUAACUUGGAGUAAUGUUAACCACGGUUAGCAUAAGCUAUGGUUAGUGUCAGCUGUGGUUAAUAUUUUCUUUAAUAUAUGUUAGUGUAACAAUGUUUUUUUUUUUCUUAAUCAUCACAACAGUAUUUCAGUGUGGAGGGUAUGUUAAAGAAAACACCGACUGCAUAAGAUGCUAAUGGCAUUUAAUAUGAACAGGUUUGUGCUAAACGCUAACUCCAGAAGACGCUAACCACAUUUAAAGCCAACAUUUAACAUUUUCAUUCACAUUGUCUGCAAUUGAAGCUACCUAUGCUACCUAAGCUACCUGACAGUAGCAGAAUUGUAGUUAGUAUAUUCGUGUCAUUGCUUGUUAGCUUCAACUGCAGUUAACAUUUUGUUUAAUAUAUGUUACUGUGGCUGUCAUUUUUGUUUUGGACAGUGUUGCAUUGACAUAGUGUAGCUGACCUUUGACAGAUUAUGUUUAAGAAAAUGCUAACCACAGAAAUAGCUAACCAUAUUAUAUUCAAAUUUAUUAUUAGGGUCCGAGCACCUGCAAAGCAAAGAACCCAAUUGUUUUUGUGCUGAUUAAAAUUUUUUUUAUUUAUUUAUUUAUUUAUUUUCUCUGCACAAAAACUGAUUGGGCAGCAUAAACCAGGUGGAGUUGAAAUGUGAAAUUUACGGGGUUGGUAGAUGUCAGGAAAAACUCGCCAUAUAUAAAAAAUAGCUGGUGGCACUAUAAUUAAUGCAUUUUUGAUGUUAAAAACGUUUGAUCCAUGGGGUCAACCACAGGAAAACCUCAUAGUUGCGAUUGGUGGAGUGAGCUUGUUUUAACCGUGUAGGCCACGCCCAUUUGCGGGUGUUUUUAUUUAUUUAUUUAUUUUUUGCAAUAUUUCGAAAUAUGCAAAAUCAGCCAGAAUGAACUUGUCUCUGGAUUUUUAGCAUAGAAAAGCCAAAUUGGUGGCCAAGCACUCUCUAGCUUGCAAAUCUCAAUAAUUAGAGAUUAAUAUAAUAAACCGGAAACCUUAAAAUUUGUUGCUGUGUUUGCAAUUUUCAUGGCUUGUUUGAUCAUGUAUGAUGCUCUUUAUUUCAUGAUGCAUUUUCCCAUUAAUGGAAUCACGGAACAGCAUGCAAUGAAUCAGGUAUACGUAUGGCCUCCGUUAGUCGCAGUGCCAAAUGUGGUGGGACUACGCCACAACAUGGCAUUGUAAAGCAUAUUUCCUUUGAAGUUCAAAAGGCACAGAUUGCUUUCAUGUAGAUUUUCCCUGAGAAUCAUACAAGGUGCUGUUUUACUGUCAGACCAAAGAUAAAUCGAAGAUAAAUCACUUCUUAAAAAAAAAAUCAACUUUUUAAAUUCACUUUAGAACAGCCGAAAGAACUCAGUGUGCUGUCGUUAAUGGAUAGACCAAAUGCUGCCAAAUGUGCCAGCUUCAAAUGGAAUACUGUUUAUGGUGUGUAGAUCACAGAACAAAGUGCAUAUUAAAAAAAAAAAAAAUUGGCCACUAAAAAUUGCUAGGUGGUGCUAUAAAUAAUAAAACCACUUUGAAAAAAGUAAUUUCUAAUAACUUCUGAUCAGUCCGUCACACAUCUGAAGCCUUUAUACUUUUGUGAUCAGUGGAUUAAACUCUUUCCACUGGCAUAGGCCACGCCCAUUUGUGUCUUGAUACUUUUUUUUGCAAAAUUCCGAAAUAUGCAGAAUAGGCCGACAUGAAUUAGUCUCUGAAUUUUUUUACACAGAAAGGUGUCAAAAUGACUAUGUGCACAGCUAUUUAAUAUAUGAUGGGUUAUCUCAUUAAUGGAAUAACAGAAUGGCAUAAAAUUUGACAUGUGUCUAGGUGGCCUCUGUUGGAACCACAAUCCCAAAUUCGGUGGCACUACGCCAGUGGAUGGUGCUGCAAAGCAUAUUUUUAUGAAUUUCAUAGCUCCAACAUCCUCCAGAAUUCUUUUAAAUCUUGCCUAAGGCUGUUACAAGGCUUCUCUGUGGUCCCUGCUUGGACUCUUAAUAGUUGCUUGCAGAUCUAGUUGUUAUUAUCAAUGCUAGCUACGUUUAAUACAGGCAUUUGGCAGUGAUGCUAUGUGCCGUUAAAGCCACACGUGGCUAACAGUAAUGGCUAUGCAACCAAGAGUCAGCUUUGUGGUUGAUGCCGCUGGUAAUGUUAACCAGGGUUUACAUAAUCUGUAUUUAGCAUUACCGGUGGUUAUCAUUUUCUUGAAUACAUGCCAAGUUAACAAUGUCUAUAAAUACUGCUAUGUUCCAGACUUGGAAGUCUGAAAAUUCCCACAAUGCUGUUACCUUUUGGCUUCAUGGAAAUAUUGCCCCUUUUUAAUGUCCCUACUAGUGCCAGUUAAUCUAUCUACACAGUUUUUAGUAUUUAAUCCAGGUAGCAAAAUACUACCAAAAUACUACUACACAUGCAAAUUCAUAUUUUUUUUUGCCUGUAGUUUACGACUCUUGUGCCCGAAUGAAGCAACAGUAGCUAAACUACAACUCUUUCAUCUUAAUAAGACAAAUUUUGCCUUUACUUGGUCAGAAACAGUCUCUGAUCAACACAAAAGAACAAAUAAGUGGAAAAAUGUUGCAGCUCACUUCUAUACCAAAUUUUUUGUUGUUGUUGUUGUUGUUGAUCACUGCUUCAACUGACAGGAGUUCCUUAAUUGUGGUUGAAUUUAUAAUAUGUAGCUUUAAUUAUAAGUUGUGCAUUUAAAGCGCAGAUGCUUGACUGAAAACCAAAGAGGUUUGAUCGUCUUAAAGAUAACUUCGACCCGAGGCCAACUAGCUCAUUAACGCCACGUGUGGUGCACAUGUUUGCUUUCUGGCCUCAAAGCGACGUCUUUGUUGUUGAAAUGUAAACUUUUAACAAGAUUUAUCUGUUGUGUUACAUACACUUUUUGCAUCUUUAAAUACCACAUGGUUUGUGUGACAUUUGUAUUAUAUGCUGCCUUCUUUUCAAAGAGUUUUUACUGAUGGAUUAUUUUUUGGUGGAAAUGAAAUAAUAUAUUGUGAUUGUU